CUCAAACAAAAAUAUUUAAACCGUCAAACUCUCUCUCAUCUCAUCGUUUCUCUCAUUCUAUUCGUUCAACAGAGGAGUUUCUGGCGUUCCAGCAGAGGUGUUCCAACAGCUUCGUUCCAGGUGAUCCAAAAGCUUCGGCGUUCAACAGCUUCGUCUCUCUCAUCUUCACCUAGGUCGUUCGUAACAGCUUCGUCUCUCUUAGCAAGAUGAUGUUACUGGAAUGUGUGGUUGUAGAUGACAAAUACCAAUGUAAGCAACGUAGGUAGUGACGAAGUGGUUGAGGUUCAAUCCAUCAAAUCUGAUACUCCCUGGCCUGCUAAGAGUGAGACAAUUUUUAUAGAUUUAAUGGAUGAGCAGAUUGCAAAAGGAAUAGAGGUACUACUACAUUCAAAAGAGAAACGUGGAACUACAUUCUUGAGGAACUGAAAAGUCGAACUGGGUAUUCAUAUAACCAUGAGCAACUUAAGAAUAAGUUUAAUCAGUUGAGGCGAGUAUGGAGUGAUUUCCACAAACUGGUUAAUGAAACUACGGGAGUUGGUUGGGAUCCAGAGAAAGGGACAAUGACUCUGCCAGACGGUGUGUGGAAAAAUUUGUUCAAGGUCAAUAAGAAUGCCAGAAUAUUCAAGAAAAAAUGUUGUCCACAUUAUGAAGCAUUGUGUAGAAUCUAUGGUGGCACAACGACAACUGGUAAACAUGCUUACCCUUCAACCAAGCCUCCCUCUAAUGAUAAACAUGAUCUCAAUUAUGACCCAAAAGAUGAUGAGGAAUAUGGAAAUGCCGAUAACAAUGUGGAUGAUAAUCCAACUAUUACCAAUCGUAAUCGAAGCCGCUCUAUCACUCCUAAUUGUAGUCGGCGUACAAAGAAAUAUUCUUGUACUCGUGCCCUUACCAAUGCACUAACCAUGUUAGCUGAAUCUGCAAAGGUAAGGUCGGAGUUCUAUGAGAAAAGAAUGACAAGUGUUGGUUCGUCAUUGACUUGUGCAGACUCUAUGGUUGAUUCGGUGACUAUGAUUGACCUACAUCCAGACUUGUUGAAAGACUGCAUCGAUACUUUGAACUCUCUCGAGGACAUUGAUGAUGCGACUUAUACAAAAGCUUUAAAAUUGAUGCGUGAUGAUGCGGUGUGGCGGAAAGUGUUCUUGAAGUUGCCUGAUCAUCGGAAGAGGGGUGUAGUCAUGAAUCUGUGAUGUGUUAGGUCAUGACUGUAUUUUUUAUGAUGACUGUAAACCAUGUUUUGUACCUUUAACAGACUACUUUUAACUCUGGUUGUUGGGCAAUGUGUUUUUUUUUUUUUGUGAUGACUUCAAUGUUUUGUGGAAUAGUAUAUCGUUGGUUUG